AUGGCAUGGCCGACGACCGCACCGAUCAUGAUAGUAUGGCCGCUGGCCGCCGCUGGCCUCCGUUCCCGCUUGGAAAACAAGCCGGAAAUCUACAAAUUCACCCCGCGCUCGGCCCUAGAUCGUAUCCGUCUACGUGGGCAUCACCUCCGCCACCCUAACAAACUGACCACCGAUGCUAUGGCAAAUUCUCAGGCGUGGUAG